ACCAACAACAGCAGCAGUACGAUCCAGCGGCUUAUUCCGAGCAUCACCAGCAACAAUAUGACCCAGAAGGUUACUCUGAGCAUCAACAGUCGUAUGACCCUAGUCAGCAGCAACAGUUUGAUCCCAAUGUUCAUUAUUAUUAUGACGAAGCGGGUCAAUUGCAUUACUACGAUCCCAAUACCAACCAGGAAUAUGACUUUAGUCAAUAUGACUACUCCCAACAAUACUCCUACGACCCAAAUCAUGUUGGAACCGAAGCUGAAUCAUUGGAUAAAGCGCAUGAGCAGGACCAAGGCCAGCAGGAAACGAUGGAUUCGUUUGAGCCGCCGGUUCAAGAUUUCCAAGCUGGACAACAACAAUUUGAGCAGCUUGGAGACGCUGCACCCCACACUGAAUCGACCGAUGAUCCUGUGUCCCAUGAAGAGCCUGUUAGCCAAUCCGUGCCUACUCAACUUUCUCAACACGAUAAUGGCCAUUCCUACUUUGACGAAGGAGAAUCUUAUAAUCCUGACAUUGGGGAUAAUUUUGUCACUGAAACCACGCCAGAUACUGGUGAUUUGGAUGACUUGGUUCUAGGUGGUGAGCAAAAUGCACAGGCUCCAUCACUGGCUACUCCUGCUGCUCCGCCAUCGGCACUUGCACCUCCGCCCAAGGCUGCUCCGUCUGUGGAUGAAAUUUUGCAGCCAUCAGCGGAAACAACUGCAGCUCCUGCUCAGUUGUCGGUGACAGAGGACAAAAUUGUGCCAGAAGUUGCAGCAGACGACAGCGGAGAAGUUGCAGAAUCUUCUUUCAAUGAAUAUUCGACGAACUAUUAUCCUCAAGAUGUCUCACCAUCCCAGGGGCCUAUUGAGGAGCCAUCGUCUUUGAUGUCUUCUCUCAACCUUCCUCCUCAAUCUUACCCACCUACUGAGCAGCCUGCAGACCAUGAGGUCGAAACACAAGAAUCUUCCCUUCGAAGAGACUCUACAAGAUCGUCUCAUCAUGGAAAUGCGGCUAUGGACAUGCAUACAUCACAUCCUCCAGUCUCACAAUAUACACCGUCUGAGCCACCUCGUAGUGUACAGUCUUCACUGUCACCGCCACCCUCUUUGAGUGCCUUCUCGGUCAGCGCACUUUCAGUCAAUUCACCUGGAUUGUUUCCCUGCCCGGACCCUGAAUGCCAAGGAGAAAACCCGUCGAAGGCUAAGUUCUGUUGUGAGUGUGGUCGACAACUUGCUGCUUUAUCGCGUUCACCUACUCCGGCUGUUUCUGGUCAGCAACCAAACAGAACCUAUUCCAAUGAUAGCUCAGCUUACUUUCCGCAAGGCGAUGCACAGACACUUCCACAGACUUAUGUUCCAACUUUACCUAAUCAGCAUGUCCCUCGGUCAGGUUCACCACUUACUACAGUGUCAACACCCCAUGACCCAUAUACCUCUCAAGGCUACUAUGGAGCAGAGAAUUACGAUCCAUACCAACAGCAAUACGGUAGUAAUGAUCAACAGUACGCUGGACAAUAUGAUGAGCAAUACAAUCAUCAGUAUGAUGAGCAGUACAACCAGCAAUACGGUGACCAACAAUACGGUGAUCAACAGUAUGGUGAAUAUGGCAUGGUUGACCAGCCCGCUGAGACAGAGCCAGCGAUCAACGACCCUCUCAAUCGUGGCCAAGGUUGCCCUAUCGCUGUAUUUGGAUUUGGCGGUAAAUUGUGCUUGAUGUUCCCUCAUACAGUACAGCGCUACAGCGGUGGCUAUGGUGCCGAUAACAACUUCGCUCCAACACAAAAUGUGGUUCCCGGUGAUGUAAAGAUUCGAAACAUCAAAGAUGUAUUGACUACAACCGACAGCAAUACCGUUGCCGAUCUCGCAAAUUUCGUUGGGCCGCUUGUCAUGGAUAGCAAAGUUGGAAGUAAAGCAAAGAAAAAGGACGCUAUCAAGUAUACUAGUGAGCGGAUUGAAUCUUUGAAGGCUCAAAUACAGAAUCUGCAAGGAGAUAAGGAAAAGAUGCUUCUGGAGUCUAGAAUCCUUCUCUGGCGGGUCGUUAUGGCUGCUCUAGAAAUAGACGGGCCUCUAGUAGACAAUGUUAAAUUUGAUGAAAGUAUCCGCAAUAUUUUGUUUGCAACUGACGUGUCUGUCAAGGAUGACAAUCUAUCCUCGUUCACUGUACCAGCGGAUGGCCAACAGACUACUGGGCAAAUACAAGAUAGCUACAAUAUUGAUUUGCUAGAGACUCUCCAAGGUCACUUAAUGCGUGGAGACAGAGAAGCCGCCGUCAGAUAUGCUGUCCAGGAAGAUCUUUGGGCACACGCAUUGAUCAUUUCAAGUUGCGUAAACAAAGACCUUUGGAAAGAAGUAAUCAAUGGAUUUGUGGAACGUGAACUAUCAUCGCAGCGAUCAGAUGUUUCGCAGCAACCAAAAAUUGUCCAAGGUGAUCGCCAAGGUCUUCGUGUUUUGUAUGCGUUGUUUGCGGGUCAAGGAGCCAAAGCGAUUUCUGAGCUUGUUGUGUCCGGAUUGCAUGGAUUUAAUAGACCUUCGAGUGCUGCAGCUCCGUUUUACCCUAAUCAUUCGCCAACUCUUGACAUUGAAAAAUUGUCUCACUGGCAAGACACUCUGGCGCUGAUUCUUGCCAAUCGAACCCCUCGUGACAUCGAGGCCAUGACUGCCCUAGGCGAUAUUUUAAGAGACUCUGGUCUAGAUGAUGCCGCCCAGAUAUGGUAUGUAUGCUCUGCAAAAAAUUAAAUUGUGCGUCCAUGCUCAAUGUGUUAAUCAAUCUACUGUCUAAAGCUAUCUGGCUUCUCCUCAAACUUCUAUCCACGCGGGAAUAGAUACUCCCAACGUACGUCUCACCCUCAUUGGAUCAUCGAGCAUGCAAACCAUGUGGCAUGAUAUAGAGGCUAUUCAUUUGACAGAAUUAUGGGAGUUCGCUGCUGCUGCGAAACAACCUAGCGGCUCACAAGGCUUACCAUUUUUGCAAGGCUAUAAGCUCGUCUUAGCAUGGAUUCUUGCUGAUCACGGUUAUAUUGUUGAAGCGCAGAGGUAUUGCGAAGCAAUGGCAGGGAUA